AGGUCAUUGUGAAAAUGCUCUAUCACCACCCAUUCUCUUGACGUCUCUACUUCCACGUCUCUCUUGUGUGUGGGUCCCGGUGAGGUGUGCGGCUUCCCCGUGGGGAAGGAGGAGGAUCGGAGUCAUGGCGGUGGUGUCCGGAGCUGGGGGCGGGGGGCCGGCGGCGCAAGGUAACAUACGAGACGGGGCCAGGAUAGCCAUGCUGUGCAUUCUAUGGUACUCGGUGAGCUCUGGCGGCAACGUGGUGAACAAGAUCAUCCUGAACGGCUUCCCGUACCCAGUGACUGUGUCCCUCUUCCAUAUCCUGGCGAUCUGCUGCUUCUUGCCCCCGAUGCUCCGCGCCUGGGGGGUCCCGCACACCCAGCUGCCUGCUCGCUAUUACCGCUGGUACAUCAUCCCGCUGGCCUUCGGAAAGUACUUCGCCUCCGUAUCCGCGCAUUUCAGCAUCUGGAAGGUGCCCGUGUCUUAUGCCCACACCGUAAAGGCCACUAUGCCAAUAUGGGUGGUGCUUCUUUCAAGGAUAAUAAUGAAGGAAAAGCAGACUACGAAGGUGUACAUGUCCUUGAUUCCAAUCAUAGGCGGUGUCCUCCUGGCUACAGUAACAGAGAUCUCCUUUGACAUGUGGGGUCUGAUCAGUGCAUUGGCCGCAACACUCUGCUUUUCUCUGCAGAACAUCUUUUCCAAGAAGGUGCUCCGAGAUUCCCGUAUCCAUCAUCUGCGCUUACUCAACCUCCUAGGAUGUCAUGCUGUCUUUUUCAUGAUCCCCACAUGGGUGUUAUUAGACCUGUCGUCCUUUUUAGUGGAGAGUGAUCUGACAUCUGUUUCCCAAGGGUCAUGGACACUUCUCCUCCUUGUGAUCAGUGGGACAUGCAACUUUGCCCAAAACCUCAUAGCAUUCAGCAUUUUAAACCUUAUCAGUCCACUGAGUUAUUCUGUAGCGAAUGCCACCAAGAGGAUCAUGGUUAUCACAGUGUCUCUCAUUAUGCUUCGUAACCCUGUGACACUCACCAAUGUUUUUGGAAUGUUGACUGCAAUUCUUGGGGUAUUUCUCUAUAACAAGGCAAAGUACGAUGCUAACCAGGAGGCAAAGAAGCAAUUACUUCCUCUUGAAAGUUCAGACAUCCAGGGCUUGGACCACCGUGAACUUCCUGAGAAGCUCCAGAAUGGCAUGCCCUCCUUUACUCCCGGAAGGGACUAUCAAUAUGCUCGGACCAGUGUACUGACUGACCACUUUCAGUACAGUCGACAGAGUCACCCUAAUACACACAACAGAUAUGAUGUCUGAAGCAUCUUUCCUAGGAGUAUUCCCCCCCCUCCUUUCUGCUUUACAUUUGUUCAUUUUCCAAACGCAACCUGACAGAUUGUGUACUCGACAGAUUGCCUACCCACUGAUCAUUGGCUGGUUUAGAAUACAAUGUGUUCAUUAGAAGCAGAGGAGAUACAACAGGGAACUCUUCUAUGGGCCAUGGUCAAAUGUGAUUGACACCUGGUUCACCAUGUUUCCGCACUAACUUCUGGACUGCACGUGGUGCAGGAUAUGCUGACUAAAUCACAUCCCGAUCAUCCACUGGGUUAUUCCAUUAUUCCCACAUCUUCAGAAGUCUCUCAAGGCUGCUGCAUGCAAUGUUCUGACCUUUUUAAGGAGUGGGAUUAACUAUAUAUAUUAUAAUUAUUAUUUUUUUUCCAUCAAAUGUAUAAAAAGACUUUAUGCCAAAUAUGGCUCAUUCUUGGACUUUAGAAUUGUACACAUUGGCGUGUAAAAGUAGUUGUGAGUAUACCUCCCCAUUUCUAAUUGAGCUCAGAUUUAGAAUGGAUAGUUUUUUUUAUUGAUGCUCUAUUGGCCAUAUCAAGGGCAUUCUCCUCUGGUAAGAAUGAAGGGCAUUGAUGAAGGGUAAAGAGGUUGCUCUAAUCUGUAGAUAUGUAAGGAUCAUAUCGGAUUGUUAGGAGUUUUAACACGUUGGUUUUUGCACAGUUUACUACACCUCCUAAAACAUUUUGCACAUAAACAGCACAAUUGUUUCAUCAGAAUAAAUGGCUAUAGAAUGUAAGCAUAGAAUUGGCACAACUGUGUUGUGACCUCUAGUAACUAGUGCUGUUUUGGCGUUGAUGACGUUCUAGCAGUAAGUAGCCCAUGAAGACUAGUAUCUGGUUGCUUAGCAUUCCAAAUAGUGGUGUUUGCAAAUGUUAGAGGCCUUGUCACCAACAUGUUUGCUAAAUGUUUGCUUUAACUACUGUGUAGUAAAGCGGAAGCAUAUUAGCAUUUCAAGAUGUAGAAUACCAUCGUAGCAAUUUCUUGACCAGCAAGACCACAACACUAGUUACAGUUAGCUAGAAUAUCAAACCCGCACCUUUAUAUUUCCCAGCCUGAGCUUGGAAAACAAGAGGUGCAAUCUGGUUACUGGCUGUUGGCAAAGGAUAUGCUACUGUAAAUAGUGGUGUAUUUCCAAAUCUUUCUUACAGUACUGUUUAACCUUAUAUUUAUUUAAACUGGUUUUAUUUUCUAAAGAGUAGAAGGAACAAAGUGUGGCUCGGCCAAGACUGCACUACGGUCCCUGUGCGAUCUAGUAAAUGGAUCGUGCGAAGUUUCCCAAUGCAAAAGUCCAACUCUUUACAAAUGUAAGAUACAAAGCGUACAUAUUGUGCAUCACACACAAUUGUCAUAGUAUGAAAAUGAAUCUGUUUAGCUGGACCUGUCAUCGACCAAAUCCAACAUUAAACAGCUAUCGCAACCCAAUCUUUACAUAGGCUCCUAUUGUUAAAUACACUGAAGGCUUUCUAAUCCAACAUGCAGAUAAAUGCUGAAGGUGAACAGAAGCUAAACUUGGUAAUGGUUCAGAAAAAAGAAAGCAGUUAGGAAACGAAUCUAAUUCCGUAAGGUUUCACUGCUCGUAUUAAGGUUAAUGUUGAUCCCGAAAAAGGCAGUUGUCUCUGUGUGUGUAUAAUUAUAGAGAGAGAGAAAAAAAGGAAGGGAAUCGGCACUGUAAAACGUGACUUGUAGUCACAGGUGGGUGCUCAGCCUCAAUAGGUCCAAACUCCAGAACCUUCAUCCAACCAAAGUCCAAAGUAGGGAAGCGGCACUCCAGUUCAAAAUAGAAAAUUGGUGUCUUUAUUCACUGAUGAGGUUAAGUGCAAUGUUUCAGCCUCACCAUGAGGCCUUUCUCAAGAGAAAGGCCUCAUGGUGAGGCUGAAACGUUGCUCUUAACCUCAUCGGUGAAUAAAGACACCAAUUAUUAUUAUUUUUCUUUUUUUUUUUUUGCAUGAGUAGUGGGUUUUCAUGUUUUAUCCUGACCCAGUAAGUGAUGUUUAGGAUGUAUUGAUGAAAGGUCCACAUCCUGGCUACACAAUAAUGUAUGGAGUCCUCAAAGAAUGAUCAUUAUUUCAGAUCUUCCUUCUAGAGCAGUGGACUUCCAGAUGUUGCAAAACUACAACUCCCAGCAUGCCCGGACAGCCAACGGCUGUCCGGGCAUGCUGGGAGUUGUAGUUUUGCAACAUCUGGAGGUCCGCAGGUUGAAGACCACUGUUCUAGAGCAUUAUUGAGUCACAUUUCUUGUGCACUUUGCUAGGUUUACAUAAGGGGUCAAAGCAAAUAUUGUGCACCUUCAACUCGCACUUUUAUGUCUACAUGGAUGUAAUGAUCUGACCAGGACCCAGGGGGUUAUAGUUAGAAUACUAGAUGACUGGUUACUGUAAACUGCCCUAAUGUAACGGAUCUAUCCUCUUGCCAAGUUCUCUUUUAUAGGGGUUAUCCAGUUCAGGCAGCAUGAAAGAUGACUGAUUCCCUUUUAAGAUUGUAUUAUGUCAAGUCUGUGAUUCUUUUUAAGGAAAAUUAAACUGGCCAGAUAUGAAUCUAAGGGGUCUCUCUCACAUUUACUCUGGCUCAGUAGUAGAUAUGAAACCACAUACUGUAAUUCUGUAGAGUAAUAUGGGA